AUGUCGAUCAAAAGAGAAAACGAAGAAGAAGAAGCUUUGUUUAACACUGUUAAUUCAGUGUUAGCACAAUGGAAAGAUAUUUGCACAAAAAAUCCUAUACUAAAAGCUCGCAGAACUAGUAUAGUCACUCAAAGGUUUAAGAUUCGUUAUUCUGUUGGUGGCAAUGCAGAAAGAACCAAGCAAUACUUAAUUUAA